GCCAUCUUCCAUAAAGGCGUACGACCAAACCACAGUUGUUCUCACACAUAGAGUCGAACAACAUAUCAGCUCAGUUUGCCACAGUUCCACAUUCCGGCGCACACGGGGAAAAUGAAGGCGAAGAACCGUGACCAAAGCCUGUCGGACUCCAGAGAGCUGGACGGAUCCUAUGACCAGCUGACGGACAGCGUGGAAGAUGACUUUGAAUUAUCUACCGUGUGUCAUCGCCCAGAGAGCAUGGACAAGCUGCAGGAGCAGACUAAGUUCACCAAGAAGGAGCUGCAAGUCCUCUACAGGGGCUUCAAAAAUGAGUGUCCCUGUGGCGUGGUGAAUGAGGAGAACUUUAAGACCAUUUACUCCCAGUUCUUUCCACAGGGAGAUUCAAGUAUGUAUGCACAUUUCCUGUUUGAAGCCUUCGACACUAACAAGAACGGCUCAGUUAGUUUUGAGGACUUUGUAUUUGGCUUGUCUAUCAUCUUGAGAGGGACAAUUAAUGACCGGUUAAACUGGGCGUUCAACCUCUACGACCUGAACAAAGAUGGCUGCAUCACCAAAGAGGAGAUGUUGGACAUCAUGAAGUCCAUCUAUGACAUGAUGGGGAAGUACACAUACCCCACUAUGCAGGACGACAUUCCAAGAGAACAUGUGGAGAGUUUCUUCCAGAAAAUGGACCGGAAUAAAGACGGGGUGGUCACUAUAGAAGAGUUCAUUGAGUCAUGCAAAAAGGAUGAGAACAUCAUGCAGUCCAUGCAGCUGUUUGACAACGUCAUCUAAGAAUCUGGACCAGAGACUACGCUGGGACCAGGGAGGGGAGCUUGUGUGUAAAAGGGAUCUGGGUUAAAAAAAGAACAAGUUUGUGAAGGUGUGUGUGUUUGUGUGCGUGUGUGUGGCCGUCUACUGACUUGCAAGCUUGUGCUUGUGUGUCUGUUGAGAGCUGUGAGCCUUCAGGGCACUCGAGAGGCCGUCUCCCGCCUCCUGGACCCCGAGUGACAUUACUCCAAGCAACAAUGGUGUUCCCCCGGCCCCUUUACUCAUCAUGCAGAACCUUAGUUUUAGCCCAAAAGGCACAGAGAAAGAAGGCAAGCAGCGGGCUCACAUGAACUGUCACUUGCAAGACCCCCACCUGUUUUAUUUGAACUUUUAUUUAUUACUACUAUCGAAGGAGGAACUAUCACAGCUUGUUAUGGCUGAACUCAGACGGAGGAAGUUGCCUCCAAACCUUCAUCUAAGAUCAUUGUUCCCUAUGAUGGCAGAGAUUUGGAUUUGUGAAUCUGAUCCUGUCUCUGAGCAUGUGAGUAACACCUCACGGGAGCCGCUAGACUGCUCGUGCACCGGCCAUAGAAAUAGAAAUAGAAAUGAAUCUACCACCCUCUUGUGGAUGAGAGUGAGAAUGACACUUCCUGAGGAAACAGCUGACAAACUGAAGAUCCAAGGCAUUUUUACAGAUGGAGGUUCAAUCGUGUUGUUUUCCAUGAGGAACAGAUUACAAUAUCGCAUGAUGAUGUCACUAAUAUCCAAUUAUGUAUUUACAGAGAUACUCCAAAGUCUGCUUGUCUGUCUGCUGUUCCUAGUCAUUCACAGGUGCCUCACCCUUUGUGUAUGUGUGUGUGUGCAUGUGUACCAAAAGGAGAUGUCAUCCGUCUUACCUAUGUAAGAGUCUAAUGGUACAACACCCACCUCCAUUCAUGGGAUUCUGGUAGAAUAAUUCCGAGCCUUCCAAACUAUUACAGUCCUAGCUGUAGGUGUCUAUUGACUGUUGUAGAUUUUCUAGUAUUCCCAAUGGUGUGAUAUUAGGCAGUACGACCAGGGGACUGCACUUAUAGGUGAGGAGCUGUUUUGACCAUCCAUUAUUCUCUCAACAUAACAGUCGUACAAAUCUAUCAAUGUACAUUCAAGGGGAAUUUAUUAGAGUGCAGAUUGUAUUUGUGAUACUUCUCGUCAGCAGAAAUGUCUUGUGGCUGUAGCAGGUUCAUCCACUUCAAAAAAAAAGAAUUCAAAACCCUUGUUGCAUUAAAUUAGGCUCAUUCAAUUUCAAGAGGCAUAGUAUGUGUGCGUGUGUGUGUGUGUGUGUGUGUGUAGUGUUAGUGAGAGAGACAUGGUUUAAUAACGUUUUUUUAAUGCCCCCCUCAUGCGGUAUUCUCCCUCUCUCUGUAACACCAAAGAGAAGAUAUAAAUUAAAGAGGUAUAUACAGCCACUCUGAGUUAUGACAUAUAGCCCACCUGUGGGUGAGAGGGAGGGAGAUUAUGUGUAGUAAGUUUGGCAAGGGGCAAUCAGAGAUGAAAGGAUAUCAAUUUGUAAAGUGGCAAUGUGGUUUACCUGCACAUUGUCCAAACUGAAGCAUAGUUUUACGUUGCAAUCCCACGCGUUAUUAGAAAGACAUUUGAAGAAUUUGCAAAUACUGAUGGGACUGCUGAUGAAAUUAAGCUAUCUUGCUGUGACAGUUAAUGUUCAUUGUCCCUAUUAAAUAAAUAUAAAAUAGCUUUUUUAAACUAGAAUGGUGCAAGUAACAGAGACACUUAAAUGCAGACAGACUGACAAGGAAUAGCAAUAAUGUUCUCUACCACGCAUUAGCAACUCUCCUCUCAUCCAAACUCCCAAAUCUUCUCAGAGCACAGUAUAGGGUGCACUAAAGCCCUGAUGAAAAUAUGCACUUCUAACCCUGCCAUUUUUUUUGUCCUGCUUUCUUUUCUUUCUUUUUUUGUUUUACUUUCUUUCUUUGGGGGAAAAGUUGUUUGGCUCUGAUUGUUCCUUGCCAAGAGUUUUUAACUUCCAUUCCUGACCACAAGUAAAAACCUGUCUAUACCCGCAUGUACUGUGUCUUGAUAACCUACUAACCUGUUGUACUGACUGUCUAGUUAGCUAGCCUCAACUGGUUGCAUUAAGUAUUCAAAAUGUGUAUAUUUUGUA